CUACAGCGCAUAUGCUUCAGAGUUCCAAUAUCUAUUUUUAUCUUUAACGACAGAAAAGAUCAUGGAGGCCGCUUUGAUAAACGGACCAAGUUCAUCAAAAUGGAACACGCUUCAGUGCGCCAUGGUGUCCUGCUACUCCAUAGGACUGCACGCCAGCAUCUCACUUCCAUUUUAUAUUGUGAAAUAUUCAGUGACGUUUUUGCUGGCUCACUACAUCAUGUUAUUGUCCUUCUGUGUGCCUGUCUGUUAUGUUCAGAUGAAGCUGGGUGCUAUCUAUCGACAGAACAUUUUUGGAAUCUUCAGCCUGUUAGUGCCUAUCCUUAAAGGUUGUGCCAUUGCGAUACUGAUUUUUUCCUACAUCAGGUGCCUGACUGGAAGCUUAGAACUCAGUUACUGCUUGUACUACGCCUUCGCAUCCUUUGUAUUCCCCUACGACGAAGCCACUCAUCCUAAUCACUGGGAGAGGUCUGGUCAUCAAAUGCCCAUAGUAUUUUUCAAGCAGAAAUUUCUACAGAUUUCUGACGGUCUCUCUGACGGAGGCUAUUUGGUGUGGUAUAUAGCCUUGGCUCUACUGGUCACGUGGUGUAUAGUGUACCUGUUAACCAUAAAGGAACCAUCUUUCAUUGCAAAGCUAGCCUGUGUCAUAGCUCCUACAGCACUGUCUCUAAUACUGGUCACCCUUAUCUAUGGCUGGGUGGUCCCCCUCCCUGGUGCCCCCUCAGAGAAAUUCAGUAGACUCGAAAUCAUUAACGGGACCUUGACAUACCACGAGAGAGACCUGAACGAGGUGGAAGAAGAAAAAGACCUUCCUGUCUGGAACAUUUCUCUCAGCAAACUCUACUCGCCUCAGCCAUGGAUGAAUUCCCUGCUUCUUCAUAUUUAUUCUUUGGGACUUUGGUCUGGAGUCCUACCAACCUUUGGUGCUCAUCUGUACAACAAAAAAGAUACGAUUGUUCGUGCCAACGUGGUAUUAUUAGUUGUAUAUGGUUUGUUGCCUGUGGUAUUUGGUAUAGCAUCUAUUCCUUACAUUUCAACCAAUUCAGGUUAUGGCAUGUUUGAGUAUGGAGAGAGAAUGAAGCCAGGUCUUGAUCUCCUCCUUCUUGGAAUGUUUGGUAAAAUCCGCCACGUGCAUGGAAUUGCUUUGUGUUGGUAUCUUGGAAUCUAUCUGUUUGGAAUACUUCACGUGACGUUUCAUCUGCUGGUUGUGUGGGAUGCCCUUUUGACGUCACUCCCUGCAUUUCUCCUGCAGUUCUUCAGGAAGAGGUCUAUUUUGGUGGCAAUAUUAUGUUUUCUCUCCUUUAUGUUCUGUAUUCCCUACUGCUUUCAGAGCGGUGUUUACCUGUACAUGUUGGUCAAUAGUUACCUGGAUCGUCUGAUCUUCACCGUUAUCAUCGUCAGCAUCGUCCCUACUGUCAUCGGCUACAUUAAACAGAAUAUGGUGUACUUGCUGUUGGAGCGGGCGUUGAUGAGUCUUUGGCAUGGAUUGUCUUCCCUGGUCAUAGCGGCUAUGUUGAUUUACUAUUUCGCUGUUUACGUGUACCCUUUCCCGGCCACCACCAGUGACCCACGAUCAGACAAUAAGUCGGAUGAGGGUGGACAGUGUUUGGGAUGGUUCAUAGCUAUCGGACCAAUCGUCCUAGGUUUCAUUAUUGGUGCUUUUCAUGCUGUCUACUCCGAAAAAGGAUCAUUCAGAGAAAGGUGUAUAAGGGCAUUGAAGUCGGAGAGUCUCCAGUCCGCAGACAGCAGUUAUGAUUAUGACAUAUCUGGGAAAACACCCCACACGUCAACUACAAAAUCUUACAGUGACGCAAACCUGUCAAAAAUAGACACGGAAGUUGUGGUGAACACCCCUGAUAUGACUUCUGAGUCGGUCAAAGUGUGAUCGCCCCCUCGUUUUGAUGCCACCGUUACAUAAUCAAAGGAUAUAAUUAAAAUGGUUAUCCCCCCCCCUCAAUUUUUUUUUAUCUUCUCAAGCUUCGUCGUCAACAUAAUGUAACUUUGGCUUAAAUAAUACUUUGUCAAAUAUGCGAUCAAACUUUCAGUUUUCAGUCCGUUUUCAUCUAGUGCUUUUAUUUUAUUCUCAAAAACUAUUUCCUUUUACUAAAACUGACAUUUUAAUUUAUUACAAAUUUAGAUUAUGUAUACUUUUAAAAUAAUACCUCUGAAAACAAAUUUUAAAAAAGUUUUUAUUUCAUGUAUACGGGUCGUAUAUGCAUUUUUACGGGUACUUGUUUCUUAUUAUUGAAAGGUUUGUUAAUUAAGAUAAGGUCUUCUGGAGGAUAAGAACAUUUUUUUCAGUUCCAGAUCCACAGCUGAGCGUCAUCUGAGGAUCCCUGGGUCCGGGAACCUUGCACAUGCAAUCUGCAGUUAUUUUUUUUUUUUUUAUAAUUAAUUAUCUGAAGGCUGUGUUGUCUGAAAUACUUAUGAAUAAAUGUUUUUCAUUUU